CUUCCUAGGCCAGCCUACCACUUGCAGACUAGUCUCAACACUUCAAGACUUUGAUCAGAUCUCACAGGAACUGACCAAGAAGUGGACCAGUCAGCUGCAAGAAUGUUUCGGACAUUUGUGGCGUCGUAAAAAUGCCAUGAUGAGUGAUGUAAAGAUGGACCAGAUGACCAUCGCAAAAGAGGAAGAGAAUUUGAAAUGUGUGAAUGCAGGAAUCGUUUCCAAAGACAAGGACAAAAAUAGUGUUACAGACAUAGGACUUCAUCCAUCUGUGUCACAGACACCUUGUUGUGUAGAGGACUUUGGUCCUAAAUGUAUGUCAGCAAUCCCAAGUCAUUUCGGUGCUUCCUCAGAUUGCGACGUCACUGAUGACACCGACAGGGAUUUGGCUGUUGCCACAUAUUCACCUUCUACAGACACUGGUGUUGCCACAUAUUCACCUUCUACAGAUACUGUUUUGGUGAAAGAAGAAAUAGAAUUGAAUUGUCAUCAGGAAGCUUGUAUACAUCAGGAUGUGAACAGACUCAGUCUUAAAGAACCGUCACUCACAUUUUUACAUGAAAUCAGCAGCAAUGUCCAAUGUGAGUUGAUAAAACCAACAGAAAAGCAAUCUUCCAUUGAGUGCAGUGUUCAGCAUAAUAAUAAUAGUUGUGAAAAUGCAGUCGUACAGUGUUCCUGUGAUUCAUCUUUGGAAAACUCAAACGUCUCCACCAUCUGUUUACAUCAUGUGUGUUGCGCGGUGACAGAGAAUUUGGCGUUCUCUAGGGCCUUGACCUUGACUGCCGCCGCAGACGAGUUAAAAACUGCAAGGGAAACAACAAUGAGUACAGAAGCAGCCUCGGAAAGAAGCGUGUUCCUGCACAAGGUUACUGGAGAUCUGCUAACAGGGGGAAAUGAUACAAAAUCUCAGACCACAGACAAAACUAAAAAUGAAGCAUCAACAAUGAGCUCAGAUUCUGAGAUGAGCAGGG